AGGCACUAAAUCGUUUGUGCUAAGUCGAACAUGUUUCGGUCAAUCUACUGUAAUAGUAUUUAGUAUUUUUAAGUCAACUAUGAAAAUAGGGAAGGGAAAUGAUUUACUCCGCAUCACAAACCCGGAACAAAUUCCGAGACAACGUAAGCUUUAUUCAUUUUGAGGAUGGAGCGUCUUUUCACAUUGUUGUUUACAGCAAACACGGCAUCUGCAUUCAUAUCGAUAACGGUUCAGAAUUCCACGUUGGAGAAUGGAGAGACAGUUAUGGGCAUUGAUUGCGAUGUUGACGUCAACGGAACACAGAUCGCCAGCGUCAUUUCUAUCCAGCUGAAGAAGUCCAGUAAAAACAUCGCCUCCAUUGCUGACGGGAAAGGAAUCGUCUGGCAGGACAGGGAAUUAGAGAGUCGAAGUGGGGUUUCUGUCAAUGCUUCGAUAAGCAAUGCGUCAUCAGCCUACCUACAUCUCAAUAUGUUGAGCUCAGCCAUUAGAUAUCCCGAGGACACGGGGAAUUACCAAUGCUCUCUUAGUGCCUUUGGUGCUCAGAAUGAUUUGAUAACAAGUGAAUCACGGAUCAUAUCUGCGAAUUUAACAGGUUUUAAGAAGCAAAGUGCUCAUGAUGUCAGCUCUCUGGGAACCAGCUUAAGACUUCCUGCCGUGGGAUGUUUAGUACUAACAGUGUUGUUACAAACAUUCUGAGAUUGGCGAGAAAGGACGUAUACCACUUGGAACUCUAUAUUCUCGGUGUAUGAUUUCUUUCAUAUAUGGACGUCUCAAUAUGAGUGAAAAAUUCUCGACGGGACGUAAAAUAGUAAAUCAAUCAAUCCCUCUUAUAUGAAUAUUCACUUUUUUGUAUAUUGUAUGAAUAUUCACUUUUUGUAUAUUGUAUGAAUAUUCACUUUUUGUAUGUUGAACAUGAUCCUUAAUGUGUUUCUACAUGUAUCACAUCCUUUCUGUUACACUUGAGCUAAUUUGGACGAAUUUAAAAAGAAACAAUUUAAUUUACAAUAAAUUAUAAAUAUGAAAAUUGAACACUAAGAACCACAGAGGCUUGUGUAGAAAAAUCAAGACAAACCCUAGGAAAAAUACACUUAUUUUGGUUAUAAUACAUGGAAUACAUUGACAGAGAUUUCGUCAUAAUAAGGGGAAUUUUUUAGCGAACCCAGAAGACCUACUACAUGUUUCGUUCACUCCAAUGUUGCUUUUGCAUUUCAUUUAUUUCAAUUUCUGGUUAAAAUGACUUAUAAGCGGUGUUUCAAAUACAUCAUAUUUAUAUGUACAUGUGUAUACUGAUAUUUGUACACGUCACUAUGGUAAAUAAAUUAGUUACAGACAGUAA